CUCCAGGAAAGCGAGGAAGAAGAGGCCGCAAUGGAGAACCUGGACCUCCUGGCCCUCCAGGUCCCAAGGGUGAGAAGGGGGAUCAAGGCGACCAGGGACCACGGAUGGUCUUCCCUAAGAUCAAUCAUGGCUUUCUUUCUGCUGACCAGCAGCUCAUAAAGCGGCGGCUCAUUAAGGGAGAUCAAGGGCAAGCCGGACCCCCUGGGCCUCCGGGGCCACCGGGCCCUCCUGGGCCAAGGGGGCCUCCAGGGGACACAGGGAAAGAUGGGCCCAGAGGUGUACCUGGUCUAGCAGGGGAUCCAGGGCAGCCUGGAGAACCAGGAAUCAUGGGACCUGAGGGGCCACAGGGGCACAAGGGUUCACUCGGGCCUCCUGGCAACCCAGGUGUCGACGGACGAAAGGGGGAUGUUGGCAUCCCAGGACUGGACGGUGUCCCAGGAGCCAAGGGUGAAACCGGAGAGCGAGGUGAAAAGGGCGAUAUGGGUGAAGACGGACCGAAAGGAGAUAUAGGAGAAAAGGGAGAUGCAGGCUCCACGGCGGCAGGCAUCAAGGGCGAACCUGGAGAGCCUGGACGAAGCGGAUUAAAGGGAGAGCCAGGACUUCCAGGGCUGCCUGGACUUCCAGGGAUAAAGGGCGAGCCUGGAUUCUUCGGCCCCCAGGGAGAACCCGGGCUCCCAGGACUCCCAGGAACCAAGGGUGAGAGAGGCGACCACGGGCCACAAGGAAAAGGUGAAAGAGGAGAACUUGGACCCGCUGGACCAAAGGGCUCACAAGGAGAGGCUGGCACACCUGGUCUUAAAGGUUCAAAGGGGGAGACUGGAGACAAAGGGGAGCAGGGAUCUUCUGGCCCCAAGGGCCCCCCAGGGCAGAAAGGAGACCAAGGAGCCACUGAAAUCGUCGACUACAACGGAAAUAUUCAGGAGGCUUUACAGAAGAUUACCACCAUUACAGUGACGGGUCCUCCUGGACCCAUGGGGCCGACGGGACCUGAGGGUAUGAAGGGGGAUCGUGGCAUGCCGGGUCUCCCCGGACUCGAUGGAGAAAGAGGCUACAAAGGCUCCAAAGGUGACAUGGGAAUGCCUGGAGCCUCAGGGGAGAAAGGAGCAACUGGUUUACCCGGUCUACCUGGUGUCAAUGGGGUAAAAGGGGAUAAGGGAGAUACAGGUCUACCUGGUCCUCAAGGUUCUUCAAUUGUCGGCACUCCAGGGCCACAAGGGCCCCAUGGACUCCCAGGACCCAUGGGCCCCCAUGGUUUCCCCGGACCAAAGGGGGAACCUGGUUUGCAUGGUGUGAAGGGUAUCCGAGGUGAACCAGGACACAAAGGGGACCGUGGACCUCUGGGUCUCCCCGGCAUGGAUGGGCCUACGGGUCCAGCUGGUCCAGCUGGGCCUAAGGGGGACAUAGGUGAGAGAGGAGCACCUGGCGAGCCAGGACCAAGAGGACCCUAUGGACUGCCUGGAUCUGCUGGAACUCCAGGCUUGGAUGGGUUGCCAGGCUUAAGGGGAGAGAAAGGCGACGUUGGGGAAAGAGGAGAAAAGGGGGAGAAGGGAAAGAAGGGCAAAAAAGGGCCUAAGGGCGAGAAAGGAGAACAGGGUGCCCCUGGAUUAGAUGCACCCUGCCCAUUGGGCCCCGAUGGAUUACCAAUGCCUGGGUGUUGGCAGAAGUGAUCCCUCUAACCUGAAACGCAUGGAGUUUGUAAAUAAUGCUUCUUUUAUGGUAUUUAUAGUUUUUUUUUUUAAAUGGAAAAAAAAAAAUGUCCACAAGAAGAGAAGUCUAUGUGUACAAUGGCCGUCCCUAAGCUGCUUCUACUCACAUCACCGUGUGGAAAAACCAAGCGCGCCCGUGCGUGUGUGUGUCCGCUGUCUCACAUCCACAUCGUGGUGGAGCUCCGAUCGUUGGCUGGCGCCAGAACUUGUCUCUGUAGUCGUUGCAUGGCUCAGACUGACUGCAGCGCGGCCAGGUCCACGGGGGGGGGGGGGGGGGGGUGGUUUGACAGGAGAAGCGUUGGAAGGAAGAGGAGGAUGUGGAGGAAGUGGAGGAAUGGGAUCUGGACUGGCUCUCUAACACCAACCGCUAGGUGUUUGUGUUGUUUGGUCUCAACAGGCUCAUCGCCCAUUCGUGCAGCAUUUUCAAAAGACUAUAAAAAAAAAAAAAAAAAAAGAUCUGAGAAAAAAAAGAAAAAAAAAAAGAAACUGUGGCAAACAGAACAUUGCACCACUGACCCUGCAAAAAGCAUGAGUAGUAUACCGAAUCUAUAUUUAUAUGUAUUGUACAUACAUGUCGCUGUGUUGUGGUUUGCAUCAUGGCUUCUGCAGAAAAGAAAACCAACACUAACGUAGAAACGACAACCCCGGAGCUCUGAAUACGUCAUUUCUGCUUUCCUUUAAUCUUCCCAAGGGAGUCACGCCAUGGCUGGUGGCCUGAGGACCCCCCCCCCCCAGAACGUAGACCUGUUGGUUAUUGUUGCUUUAUUGUGGUGAUGCCUGCAGAGGGUAUGAUGUCAGAUAUCAUCGCCAGCGUGGCGCCUCCCCCAAACAUCCACACGUCUCCGAGCAGGACGGGGAGGACCGAGCAGGCUCCCGGGGAUUUGAGAUCGGACCGGCCUGCUCUGAGCACGGGGGUGGGGGGGGGGGGGGGGGGGGGUGGAGGUUCUGCAGGAGAGUCGCCGAGAGUCUCAUCGAUCACCAUGGAGAUCAGCCGGAGCGUCGGCUUCUCCUGACAAGAUCUACUGAGAGCGUUAACACAAUGCAAUCACGUUGUUUUUUUUCUUUCUUCUUUUUGCUCUCAUUCUUUAAAAAUGUCAGUAUUUUGUGUAUAAUAGCCUUUGGUGCCUCAAGCUUUUUAUUCAUUCCUUUAUCAGAAAUGUACGACUUUAUAUCAUAUUUUGGAUUAUUGGAAUGUUGUUCAUUUCAUUUCAGGAGGGUUAAGCUUUGUUUGGUGGGAGUAUUGGAAAGACACACAUUGCACACUGUUUUUCAUUCAAAUCUUUUUUUUUUUUUUAAAUAAAAUAUUGAAGUAGCGUGUAGGUUCCAGUGAGAUCCCAUUCAUCUUGACUGGCGAUCUUACUCGUGGUUUUGAAGAAGCGUGUUCAUUCUGGACUUGAUGUUUAGUUCGUGUUUUCAAUCCACUGCAUGAACACAACUUAUUACUCAUGGAUUUCUUCCAAUAUUGGAAAUAAGCGUGGAUCCCAGGGUGUAUCGGACGCGUUGUUUCCUGGUUGGAGUUCACUCAGCUCCACAUAAGAUUAAACCAAACAGACGGUAGAUGACAUUUCACAACAAUCUCAGUUGCAUGACUCCUCAUGUACUGUCUUAAACAUUUGGAAAGUGUGUGUUACAGUUUCAGUUCCAGUUAAUUGGUCAACUUCCAGCAUUCACCACAGUUUAAUAGCGGCCAGUUAUGUCACAUUCCAUAUCAGAUGGAGCAGCAGGUUAAAUUCCCACCUUAUUGUUCAAACAUCUCUUCAUAUCUCUUAUAUUCAAAUUGCCUUCUGACAUAGUCGGUGCUAUGCAAGGUGACGCUCCCAGUACUUCUUCUCUCCAACAUUAGAAACACGCAUGAGUGAUUUCCUGUGGGGGCGGAUGUGAAACACCAACAUUUUUGUUGUGACGUAGCAGAAACCACGGGGUGGAUUCAUGGAGAUGUAUUGCCGUACGGUUUCCGUUUGAUUGUCCAGUCCAUCUCAUCGCUCUGAAGAACAGAUGCACAUCUGUAUAGAUUUUAAUGGUGCUAUCUGAUGGGAGGUCAGCAGCGGCUCAGUUGACGUGCUCUACCAGUGGCAAGAACUACACAACAGGUUUCUUUAUUGUUGUUGGGGUUUUAUGUAUGUAACUUUUGAAUUUUUUUGUGCAUAUAUUUGUCUCUAUAUUUGAAGGGGUACAUUAUUUAUUUUUCUAUGAUUUGUUAAAUGAAGGCAUUUUGGUUCUAAACAGCAUUCCUUUGGCUUUUGAUGUUAGUCUCUCUUGAUUUUACGAAGGAUUUUGGAUCACCUGAAGGCAUCACAGUCAUGCAACUGGAACAGUGUGAAGGAGGGAUGUCAUAUACACAAAAACACACCAGUGUGUAUUCACUGGGCAUUUAAAUCAGAUGAUAUGCCUUACAAUGGUUUGUCUGCUUUUAUUUCAUUUUGUGUCAAAAAGCUAACUAUGACAACAAAGUUCAACGUCAGAGCUUUUUCUCACUCUUCCUCUUUUGUCUCUCUCUCUCUCUCUCUCUCUCUUUGCAUUGAAUGUAGUUUGAUAUAUGUAUAGUGGAUUAUUAAUGUGCUGUUAAAAUGUGUGCUAAUUCGACAAGAAGUGCAAUUUAUCCUUUUGGUUGAUGUGUGUGGCAUCAAACGCAGCGGGCGUGUCACAUCGUUGUGAUCUCUACAGCUCCGUUAGUGUCGUCGUGCGUCCCCGUAAACCACUACCUGGAAACACAAAGAAACUAACAUGGACCUUUUCAUUAAAUCUCAAUUUUUGAUUGGUUGAAAUAUUUCCUCAAAUGCUGCCCCUUCACCCGUGUUUCAAAAUGUAAUUUCCAUUUAUUCGCUAAAUUUCUGCGAUGUGUUUUUUUUUUGUGUUGUGUUCCAGUAUUUGUUCUAACAAGUUGUGGCACGUGCAGCUAAUUUUUUUUAUUGAUUUUUCUUUUUUCAUUUGAUCGAUUUUUUUUGUUCGGUUGAUCGUUGUUUUCUUGUUAAAACAUCAAAGUUAGUUUAAUUUAGCUAUUAGCAGAACUGCAAAAGUAUUAGAAACAUGUAUUUCCAUAUCAGUAUUAACAGACGAAAUGACUCGUCGUGAUGAGUCCAGUCUUCCUCCGAAGAACCGGUAGCGCACGCCCACUCGCCAAGACCUUUCACAAUAAAAGUCCUGGUGUAGGAUAACUGACGGUCCCAUCCAUCUGCAUUAUGCUAAAAUACACUUGUUUCUUAUCAGAAACCCUUCAGAUCUGAACCCCCCCCCCCCAGCACACCGCAGCCUUACUCAAAUAAGUGGAUUGUCACAUAAUCUCCCAGAAUGCUUAGCAAAAUCCACAUCGGCUUUGAGGUUGUUUUGUUUUGUUUUUUUGGUUGUAAAUGCUCAGUUUCUUUGUUCUGUGUUUGUACUCAUUUUCACUUGAUUGACAUUUCUUUAAAGAUCCUGGUGUUUACACACUACUAUAUUUCAAGAUGACAUUUCAUAUGACUGUACUGUUGGAGCCAAAUAAACAGUCUUUCAAAUACA